CCUCUGGCCUUGAGGCAACUUAGUUGUUGAGUGUCACUUUUUUCCCUUGCUAAGCAAAUGCUUUCAAGUUUUUUGGCUGGAGAGCGCUUGUCUGCUCUUCUCUCCUCAUCCUGUUUUCAGUGUAUGUUUUUUUUAGUUACUUGACUGAUUUCUGGAGAGAGCUUGUGUGUGUGUGUGUGUGUGUGUGUGUGUGUGUGUGUGUGUGCGUGCGUGCGUGUGUGUGUUGUGGAGGAAGGUGUUACUGAGAAAGAGGAGGCCAGUCACUCCAACUGGUCAGUGUCCUUUGCUGUCCAAUGCUGUCGCACUUACAGACACUAUAACACCAUGUCUCGUCUCUGUAACCUCCUGGUUGCCUGCAUGUUAUUGAUUGGAUCUGUCUUUUUAUCAGGAGCAGAGGAAAUGACUGCCUUAGAGGAGCAGAAAGGAGAGCAGCUGGUGCGUGGCAAGCGCAGCAUGCCCAACUGGAACCUGUGGGCGUCGGACUUCUACGGCUGGGUAGAGGAGCUGCGAGCCCAGGCCGGCUACGACACGCUGCAGGAUCUGGCCCGCACCUACUGGGCCCACUUCCCCAUUGCCAGCUACCUGGGCUAUGACUCCACCCCAGACGCUGGCCAACCAGAGGAGGACUAAGCCAUCAGGCACAGAGCUUCAGUGCCAGCGAAUAAACACGUAUAGGGCCCUAACUUGAAUGUUGGGAAAAUGGCAAAGUCUUAGGUCUGAUAGACAUGAAUUUAAUAACUCAUUAGAAAUUUAACACCACGGGCAAGACCUUAACCGCAAGCAGCAAUGAUUUAGCCCAAUGCUCCCACAUGAUAGCUAUAAUUCAUGCAUGACAACUUUGCUUGUUUAUAGACUGCAUUUGGCGAAGAAAAAUACGGUCCAAAAUGUCUUUCAUAAGUCAGAGUGCAUGAGUAUGUUUGAUGUCUGGUAUUAUUCCUGUACUCCAGUAGAAAUAUUUUCAGUGUAUUUUUCAUUCUGUUGUAUUGAUCAAUAUGUUUUUAUCAGUAAA